GAACUGCGCAUGCGUACAACAGAUGAACCAUCAUGGCGGCGUCGUUACAAAAAUAUGAGUUGCUUUCCGGCGUUUAAAAUACUUAAAACAUAUAUAUAAAUACAUGAAAACAUGAGUAGUGACAAGAAAAUAACCAAGGAAGACACAUGGAAACCAGCUGAACUGAGAAAACACAUCAGGGAGGGAGGACAUGUUGAUAACAAUGUCCGGAGGCGAGAUGAUAGUGAGAGAAGGCAACGUGGAGGAGAAUCUGUAGAAAGAACUCGAAGAGACCCAGAGAAGGAAACUAGACGAGAGAAAGACAAGCUGAGGGAGAGGAGAGAUAAAGAGGAAAUAGACAAAUAUGCAGAUCGAAGGAAAGAGGGAUCAAGGGAUAGAAGAAGUGAAAGAGAUAGGAAAGAAGAGACGAGAAGAGACAAGGUGGUAGAUGGAAAGAGGUACGAUGAAGACAAGGAGAGACACAGAGAUAAGGAGGACAUGGACAAAAGGAGGGAAGACAGAGACAAGGAAAAACGAAGAGAAGAACGAGACGAGAGGAAAGAGAAGGAGAGAUGGAGACAUGAGGAAGGUGGAGAAGGAGAAACAGAACGGAGAGAGAAGCAGGAUCGAGAGAAAAGAGACCGCCAUCGAGAGAGAGACAAAGACGAAGACAAGAGGAACGACAGAGAGAGACGAGAGAGGAAGCAUGUGGAAGUGAAGGAGGACGGAGAAAACAGAGACGAGCAGAGGAGACGUAGAGAGGAGAGAGAGAGGAGGCACAAAGAGAGAGGGAACCAUGACGAAAAGCGAAAGCACGACAGCAGAUCCAGAGAGCAUCGAGACGUGAAGGAAGUCGUGGAAGAGGUCAGAGGUCAUGGAGGUGACAGAGAGCGAACAGAACGGGAUAAAAACAAGGAGAGGAAACACAGAGAGGACGAAGAACCGGAGAGAAAUCAUCGCCGAGACCCGACCAGCUCCAGGAAAUCUGACAAAGCGUCGGACAAAAGUCAUGACGCUAAAACUGAGGAUAAGGCAGCGGUACGGGACCUGAGAGCCACAGCAGAGCCUGCUGCAAAGGAUGAAGAUUUGGCUGAUUAUGAAGAUGACUUUGAGAAACUGGAUUAUGAGGAGGAUUUCGAGGAGCUGGACGAGAGCCCAGAUGAAGAGGAGGAGGAGGAGAAGAAGGAGGGAUCAGAGGUUUUAGAAGAGAAGGAGGAACUGACGGCAGAAAGGAGGAAAGAAAUCGAGGCGAUCCAGAGAGCCAUGGACGAGGAAAACCAGAGAGUUCAGUCCAGAGAGAUCAGCAGCACCGAGGAGGAGAGGCCCCGAUGGUCCAGAGGAUCAGAAAAGACCCCGAGUGUAGACUCACAGCGCGGGAAGUUUAUCGACUUUGUGGCGGCGAAGCAGCGCGAAGUCAGCAAGAAAGUCGCCUCAAAACAGAAGAAGCGCAGCACGGAGCUCCUUCGCCUCAUUGAUCUGGACUUCUCAACGACAGCCUCUCUGUUGGAUCUACCUCCUGUGAACGAGUACGACAUGUACAUCAGAACGUUCGGGACUGCAAACACAAAGCAGGCGUACGUUCAGUGUAACGAGGACAACGUGGACCGAGACAUCCAGACAGAGGAGACGGAAGUCUGUGAGAAAUGGACACAACAUCCUCCAGAGCACAAUGGAGCCUGUGGGGAUCCCAACCUCUCCAGAGAAGCUCAGGACAAAAGUAAAAUGAGUUUUGACUCUCGGCGUCUCACAGCGUUUCUGCGCUCGGCCUCUCAGGUGAUGGUGGUGCUGCUGGAGGAGCAUCGGGCUGACAGGAAGUCCCUGGAGAAGAUGAAAUCUCCGACAGAUUCAACGUCUUUCAGCGACGGGAGUUUACUGCUCAACACCAAGCUGCCUUUUCUCUACGGUCGCAGCGUCAGCCUGCUGCACUUCUCUCCGGCGCAGAAACACACCGUGAUGUCCGUCCACCGCCCGACGGAAACACCCAGCGCCGUGAGGCUGGACAGCUGCUCCAUCAUCUGCAUCUGGAACAUCUGGGAGCCGUCCUCCCCUCAGAGAGUCCUCAUCUACGAGUCUGAGGUGCAGUGUUGCUGCUUCAGUCCUGGGAAAGCCGUGCUGGUGUUUGCAGGAACGUCAGUGGGUUCAGUGCUGCUGUGGGACCUGAGGGAGAACACUGAGGAUCAUUACAGUCUGAAGAUCGGGGAGGAGGAGUGGACCUUCAGACAGCCCACCUUCUCCACUGACGCAGUGAUGUCCGGCUCGGGACAUUUCUCCUCCGUGACGUCCGUAGAAGUCGUCCCUUCCUCUUCUUCCUCAGACGUCCCCCUGCUGGCAUCUGAGGAAGAGUCGUCAGGACUGUCGUUCCAACUCGCCUCUCUGGAUGAAGUCGGGGUUUUAAACUUCUGGGUGGUGCUGGAGCUCCCUAAAGCCAAUGAGGCCGGCUCUCCAACAGAUUUAGGUCUGAGGCCAGGUGGUAAAGUGAAGUUGCUCCACAGCUCCGUGCUGCUCACUGCUGAGAGGGAGUCACAAAGAGAUGCAGCGAAAACAGGACCGCUGCAGACUCUUAAUUUGAAAUUCCUCCCGACAGACUCUAAUCAUUUCUUUAUCGGCACCAAUAUGGGUUUGGUUAAUCAUGAAACGAGUCACGGUCUGAAGGUUCCUCCGAGGUUUUACAGGUUUCAGGAGGCAGGAGUCCAACCUGUCGACGUCACCUCGAUCCACUUCUCUCCCUUCAGGAAACACCUGUUCUUGGUGGGUUGUGGAGACGGCAGCAUCCGGCUUCAUGCAGUGAGUCAGCAGCAUCCUGUGUCAGAGUGGAGGAACAGUACCUCUGGAGAACCAGUGAUUUCACUACAGUGGAACCAAACCAGACCCUCAGUGUUCUGCGUUCUGGACGGAGCCUCAAACCUCCACAUAUGGGACCUGUUGAGAAACGACACCCAGCCUGUGGUGACGGAGAAGCUGCACUCUGACAGGGUGACGGCCAUGUCUGUGUUCGGAGACUCGGGACAACAACACACAUAUUCAGGAGUAGCUCUGGCUCACGAGUCAGGAAAGAUAGAAAUGCAGUAUUUUACGAGAAGUUUGACGGUGUCCAGUUCUGAAGAAGAGGAGAAGCUGGAGAGUUUAGUGACUGAAGCCUUUUGAAGCACUUAAAUGUAAAACUCUGGACAUGCAUCUUAUUAAUCUGUUUUUGUUAAAUUUCCUCCUAAAUAAUUUCACAUACGGAUUAGAAGAAUGUAGCUGAAUACCAAAUAUCUUAUUAUUUAAUAUCCUUCAAUAGGCCUAUGUGAAACCUUUAUUAUGUUGGUGUAAAUAUUUCUACUGUUAAAUAAAUAUAACAUUUGUAUGGAUUAACAACUUUACUUUUUAUACAAUAAACUCAUACUGUCUGUA